AACUUCAAUUCGCGAUCAAUAUUUUCGCCAUUGCCAUUUCAGCUCUCACUCAUCAGGUGAUUCCCGCAAAAAAACCACGAAACCUACCUCCCUGAGAAAGUAGUUAAUUUCUUCCAUUGAUUGGUCGUCAAUUGAUCAAGUGAGUCGAUGUCGUUCUCGUUCUUCAAGGCCUUAAGGCCUAAAACCCCACAAGAACUCGCCAGAGCAAUCAAAGACAGCCUCAUGGCUCUCGACACCAAAACCGUUGUUGAGGUGAAGACACUCGAGAAGGCAUUGGAAGAAGUGGAGAAGAAUUUUGGUGCAAUGAAAGUUAUGCUUUUAGGAGAUGGGGAGGUUGAACCAAACGUUGAUCAAAUUAUACAAUUGACUGUAGAAAUUUGUAAAGAGGAUGUAGUUGCUCUUUUCUUUCACAAGUUAUCAAUACUUGGGUGGGAGGCAAGAAAAGAUCUAGUCCAAUGUUGGUCCAUACUAUUGAAGCAAAAGGUUGGAUCAACUUACUGUUGUGUGCAAUUCCUGGAGAACCAUUCGGAUUUACUAGACUUUCUGGUUGCAGGUUAUGAUAACAAGGAGAUCGCCUUAAAUUGUGGAAACAUGUUGAGGGAAUGCAUCAAGUUCCCGACUCUUGCAAAAUAUAUGUUGGAGUCUCCGAGCUUUGAACUAUUUUUCAAGUAUGUGGAGCUUGCUAACUUCGAUGUUGCUUCUGAUGCAUUUUCCACCUUUAAGGAUCUGCUCACCAAACAUCCAAUUGCAGUAUCUGAAUUCUUAACUUCUCAUUAUGAUGAGUUCUUUGAGCAGUAUGAAAAACUGUUAACCUCUAGUAACUAUGUAACAAGAAGACAAUCCUUGAAGCUUCUGUCCGAGUUUCUUUUGGAGCCUCCAAGCUCCCAUAUAAUGAAACGUUACAUUGCAGAAGUUCAGCACUUCAAAGUCAUGAUGACAUUACUCAAGGAUACGAGCAAAAACAUCCAGAUCUCUGCAUUUCAUAUUUUUAAGAUCUUUGUGGCUAACCCGAAUAAACCUCGAGAAAUAAAAGUCAUAUUAGCCAAGAAUCAUGAAAGGUUACUAGAAUUGCUAAACAAUCUAUCCGCUGGAAAAGGUGGCGAUGAUGAUCAAUUUGAAGAGGAGAAGGAACUUAUUAUCAAAGAAAUAGAAAGAGUAUCUCAACUCCCAAAUCUUGAUUCUUAGAUACAAAACCAGACUAUCUUUGGUUGAAAUAAACAGCCAAACGCUGCCUGCCUUAGGGUUUCUAAUCUGAUUAUGUGUAUCAAAUAUAAAUCAACGGAUAUAUAUUUAUUCGGCUUUCAGCUUGGUUCGAUUUACUGUUUUGGAGAAUUAAGUCUACAAGAUGCUGAUCUAUAUGUAAACCUCAAAUAUAUGUAACUAUGGUGCCUUGCCCCUAGUCA